UUUUACUAAAAAAUUUAUGGUGAUUUUUUACGUCUAUUAUUAUACAAAUGAAAGCAAAAGAAAUAAAAAAACAGGAAAAUACAAGAAAAAGAAUGAAAGUUCCUAUUUCUUUUACAUAAAUAAAAAUCUAAAUAAUUUGUUUGUGGUUUUGGUAGAAGAGAAGAAUAAUAGUAAUGUGAAAUGCUGAAGAAAGAGUGAGAGAGAUGGCAAAUCCAAGGAGGACAUCAUUUUCCCCUCUGAGUAACCAUAGCCAUAACCACCAACAACUUCCAAUCUCCACAGCCCCUUUUCAGAAUCAGGGGACCCAAAUCUCAACUUUGAUGAAUUCGCUCAAAUCUUUCCUCAAGAAACCACAUGCUUUCCCUUUUCUGCUCUCCCUUUUCCUUCUUCUGACAUGGGUUUCCCUCAGAUUCCAACGUCCCUCCUCCUCUUCCAUAAGAAGAGAAGAGUGGCAUGCCAAGGUGCAAUCUGGGUCUGAUGAUCUUGAUGCUAAUCUCGUUAGGUUCUCACCUUCCUCUUCUCUUAUUGCUAAAGAUAAACGUGGCUGGUUGAUCAAUCCCAUUUCCCUUGCCAUUUCAGGUGGGGCAGCAAGUUGUGCUUCAGUUCAUUUGGGUGAGAUCAGAUCCAGUGGUGUUAGAGGCAACCACAGACACCACACAUGCAAUGAGACAUUUGUUAUUUGGGGAGCUAAGACAUUAUUCCGGGUGGAAAAUGAUGCUGUUAAAAAAGGUUACGCGGAAGUAAUAAUUGGUGCAGAUGAAGUUGCCGUUGCAGUCAGUCCCCUGGGAACUGGUCAUGCUCUAGUAAAUGUUGAUCCAGUGCGAAGUACAUACUUCAUGGGGUGCCAGGAUAGCGUAAUCAACUACAAUGGCUCAACGACCGAUUUUAAUGUAUGGAAAGAUCUAUAGGUUCCUAUUGUUAUCUUCUCAUGGUUGCUCCAGUAAGGUAACUGAAGUUUAAUGCGUCUGCAUCGAGCUGGUCCUUUUCGUGCAGAUGAGGGUUUUAAAGGGUGUGAAUUUAGUUAGCUAGUGUAGAUUAGGAAACAUUGUACAUAAGGCAUAGCUGCUUUCUUUUCUUGUUUCGUUCUUUCUUUUUCGGGUUGUAUGACAAAAAGAUGUGAGCUCAGAUACAUCUCUACAGAAUACAGCUUGCCUGUCCUACAGCCUUGACAUAUGAAAGCAGUUUGUAAGUUCUUGAAAUGUAGCAAAGGUGCAUUUUCAAGGAUUUUGAAAUGCAGCUGCAAUUUUUGAA